CCAGUGGUGGCGCUUCUGUCGCAAGUCUCGUAUGUAAAAAUUCAGGCAGCUCCAAUAGUAGUUUGUCAUCAAUCGCUGGGUUACCUUGAAUAACAAACUUAUUGACGAUUAUUUAUAUGGUUUUGUGUGUGUGUGAUAAUGUUUAUAAAAACUAAUUAUCUGUGCAGUGAGAUUUUUUGGUAUUGUCAACAUUCUAUUUGGUGAUUGUUGAGUUUAUAGUCUUCUAGAAGGACAAAGAGCCUUUAAUAGAAAAAAUUGGUAAAUCCCGAGCGACGUAACAAAAUCUAUUCAAGAUGUCGUCGGUAAAAGUAGCAGUGAGGGUUCGGCCCUUCAACAACCGUGAAAUCUUGCGUGAAGCACAGUGUAUAAUCGAGAUGGCCGGCAAUACAACUUCGAUAAUAAACCCAAAAGCUCCUCCGAACACAAAAGAAGCGAUAAAAAGCUUCAACUACGAUUACUCUUACCACUCAAUGGACCCGAAGGACGAUAACUAUUCCUCCCAAAUAAUGGUCUACAAAGACAUCGGUGAAGAAAUGCUUUUGCACGCCUUCGAAGGCUACAACGUCUGCAUAUUCGCGUACGGCCAGACCGGGGCCGGGAAGUCCUACACGAUGAUGGGCAAGCAGGAGGAGGGCCAGGAGGGAAUAAUCCCCCAGAUCUGCAAGGACUUGUUCCGCAAGAUCGGAAAGAAUUCGAGCGACACCCUCAAACACUCGGUUGAGGUCUCUUACAUGGAGAUAUACUGUGAAAGGGUUAGGGAUCUGCUGAACCCCAAGAACAAAGGGAACCUCAGGGUCCGUGAGCAUCCUCUUCUGGGGCCCUACGUCGAGGACUUGUCAAAGCUGGCUGUCAUGUCCUACGAGGACAUCCACGACCUUAUUGAUGAGGGAAACAAGGCCAGAACCGUUGCUGCCACUAACAUGAACGAGACUUCCUCCAGGUCCCACGCGGUCUUUACCAUCUUCUUUACCCAGCAGAAAUACGAUCCCACCACGGGGUUGGCCACCGAGAAGGUCAGCAAGAUUUCCCUGGUCGACUUGGCUGGUAGCGAGAGGGCUGACUCCACUGGCGCUAAGGGCACCAGGUUGAAGGAGGGCGCUAAUAUUAACAAGAGUCUUACUACUCUUGGGAAGGUCAUCAGCGCUCUUGCUGAGAUUGCGGCAACGAAAAAGAAGAAAAAAGCAGAAUUCAUCCCGUACCGUGACUCAGUAUUAACCUGGCUGCUCCGAGAAAAUUUGGGCGGCAAUUCAAAAACCGCGAUGAUUGCGGCUGUGAGUCCCGCGGACAUUAAUUACGACGAGACACUUUCGACCUUAAGAUACGCGGACCGCGCGAAACAGAUCGUCUGCAAGGCGGUGGUAAACGAGGACGCCAACGCGAAACUCAUCCGCGAGCUCAAAGAAGAAAUCCAGAAGCUCCGCGAGCUGCUUAAACAGGAAGGAAUCGACUUCCAAGAAGGCCCCGAUGGUAAAAUUUCGUAUGAAAAGAAAGAAUCUAGAGAUGAAGGUGCGAUAAUAAAGCCCUCGAAACGCGAAGAAGAUCUCAAAGAAGUACGCCAACGACUUCCUUCACAUCAGACAGCUGAGGAAGCCGUUGAUCAGUUGCAAGCUUCCGAGAAACUUAUUGCAGAAUUGAACGAAACAUGGGAAGAAAAAUUAAAGCGAACAGAAUCAAUACGCUUAACACGAGAAGCAGUGUUCGCCGAAAUGGGAGUCGCUGUAAAAGAAGAUGGCGUAACUGUCGGCGUAUUUUCGCCCAAAAAGACUCCUCACCUCGUCAACCUCAACGAAGACCCUUUGAUGUCCGAGUGCUUGAUUUAUUAUAUAAAAGACGGGUACACGCGAGUCGGCUCCGCUGAGGCGAAUAUUCCCCAGGACAUCCAGUUAUGCGGACCGCAUAUUCUGAGCGAGCAUUGUAUCUUUGAGAACCACGAGGGGAUUAUUAAGUUAAUCCCCACUGCUGGUGCUCUGAUUUAUGUUAACGGUCGCGAAGUUUCUGAGCCAAUUAUUCUGAAAACGGGAUCUCGUGUAAUCCUCGGCCGCAACCAUGUCUUCAGAUUUAAUCACCCUGAUCAAGUAAGAGUAAGGCGUGAAAAGAAUUCCCCUGCAGAGACACCAGGAAAUGGAGAAACAGUCGACUGGAACUUUGCACAAAUAGAAUUACUUGAAAAACAAGGAAUUGAUCUCAAAGUUGAAAUGGAGAAACGUUUGUUGGUUCUUGAGGAACAGUUCCGCAAGGAAAAGGAAACCGCUGAUCAAUUGUUCGAAGAAGAGCGCAAGAAAUUCGAAGCUCGAAUUGACGCCCUACAGAAGCAAGUUGAAGAACAAAGCAUGACUAUGUCAAUGUACAGUAGUUACACCCCUGAAGACUUCAACAACAUCGAGGAAGACAUUUUCGUCAACCCAUUGUUUGACGCAGAGAGCAACUGGAGCGAGCGCGAGUUCCAGCUGGCAGGUUGGGCAUUUCGCAAAUGGAAGUAUCAUCAGUUCACAAGUCUACGGGAUGAUUUAUGGGGCAAUGCUAUAUUUCUCAAAGAAGCUAACGCUAUUUCUGUCGAGCUUAAGAAGAAGGUUCAAUUUCAAUUUACUCUACUAACAGACGCUCUCUACUCACCUCUGCCUCCCGAUUUGUUGCCAGCGGACGACGAAGAAGACGAAGAACGGCCGUUCCCGCGAACAAUCGUCGCCGUUGAAGUUCAAGACACUAAAAAUGGCGCGACUCACUACUGGACUCUGGACAAACUUCGACAACGCUUGGAAUUGAUGCGUCACGUGUACAAUGAAGAUGUAAGCAUAGACCUGUUCCCCGAGACUCUGCCACCGGAGGAUGAUAUAUUCCAUUUGUAUUCGAGGUUCUCAUUCGCAAAUCUUUUGCCUUCGAGACAACGUCUCGAAUUGAUGCGAGAAAUGUAUCAUAAUGAAGCCGAGUUAUCACCAACAUCCCCGGAUUACAACAUUGAAAGCAUAACAGGCGGUGAUCCGUUUUACGACCGAUUCCCCUGGUUCCGCAUGGUUGGACGCUCAUUCGUUUAUCUGAGCAAUCUUAUGUACCCGGUGCCACUCAUACAUAAAGUCGCCAUUGUCAAUGAAAAAGGAGAUGUUAAAGGUUAUCUACGUGUCGCCGUUCAAGCCGUUAUUGAAGAGGAAAACAGUGAAUACUCAAGCGGAGUCCGUCAAUCAGCUCGUAUAUCCUUUAAAGACGACCUGUUUGGCAGUAACAACCAGCGGCACGGCAAGCGAGCCGCGCUCAACAACAUGGAGAAGAGCCAGCAGAUGAUUAUGCCUGAAGAAAGAGUGGUGGAGGGCCAGACUGACGGGAAAGAGAACAUCAAAGACGAGGAAGAAGUCUGUGAUGGUGACAGUGGACGUGGAGAUAGCUCCGUUGCCAGCGACAUGAAAGAAGAAGAGCUGCCAGAUCACCUUCAACCUGGGGUAGAAUUCACUUUCCGAGUUACUGUUCUCCAGGCGAUGGGAAUUUCCACAGAGUACGCGGACAUUUUCUGUCAGUUCAACUUCUUGCACCGCCAUGAUGAAGCUUUUUCUACAGAGCCGGUCAAAAACACUGGAAAAGGAAACCCACCUGGGUUUUAUCACGUUCAAAAUAUCACAGUCACUGUUACUAAGUCAUUCCUGGACUAUUUGAAGUCUCAGCCGAUUGUUUUCGAAGUUUUUGGUCACUAUCAGCAGCAUCCUUUGCACAAAGACGCUAAACUCGACUACGUUCGACAACCACCAAAACGAAUGCUACCACCAUCAAUCCCAAUCAGCCAACCCGUGCGAUCCCCUAAAUUCGGUUCAGUAUUACCAUCCCCGUGCUCCUCCCACAUUCACGCAAAGUACGACGUCCUGGUCUGGUUCGAAAUUUGCGAACUGGCGCCCAAUGGCGAGUACGUCCCCUCAGUAGUUGACCACAGCGACGAUCUUCCUUGUCGCGGGCUGUUCCUUCUGCACCAGGGUAUCCAACGCCGUAUUCGGAUCACGAUUGUCCACGAGCAUGCCCAGGAACUGCGCUGGAAAGACGUCCGUGAGCUAGUCGUCGGAAGAAUUCGCAACACUCCGGAGCCCGAGGAAGAAGACAACGACUCAUCAGUAUUAUCCCUGGGACUCUUCCCAGGAGAGUAUCUGGAGAUUCCUGGAGAUGACCGGUGCAUGUACCGGUUCGAAGCCGCCUGGGACAGCUCUCUCCACAACUCCCCGCUGCUGAACCGCGUGACGUCUUACGGCGAGCAGAUUUUCAUGACAAUUUCCGCGUACUUGGAACUGGAGAACUGCGGAAGACCUGCGAUCGUCACCAAGGAUCUGAGCAUGAUAAUCUACGGCAGAGAUGCUCGUGUUGGCCCGCGUUCCCUCAAGCACCUCUUUAGUGGGAGCUACAGGAACCAGGAGGCGAAUCGGCUGAGUGGCGUCUACGAGCUCGUGCUCAGGCGCGCCUCUGAAGCUGGAGUCCAACGACGCCAGCGACGAGUUCUGGACACCAGCUCCACCUAUGUUCGUGGGGAGGAGAAUCUUCACGGAUGGCGGCCUCGUGGAGAUAGCUUGAUAUUCGACCACCAGUGGGAGCUCGAGAAGCUGACGCGUCUUGAAGAGGUUGAGAAAAUCCGGCAUACUCUGCUGCUCAGGGAGAAACUAGGCAUUGACAAAGUUCCCGUUUGUAAUAAGACACAGUGUGACUUCACUAAGAGCGAGAAGUUUCGAACUUUUGAUAUCCAGGAAGUCUGCAACAUGGUGGCCAAAGCGACCAACGAACCCCACGCGAGCCCGGUGAAGCUAAAGAAAUCAAUGAGCAAGGACGUUUACGAGCCCUGGGAGAUGACUGAGCGCGAAAAGGAGAUCGCCACCAAGUACAUCAAACUGAUCCAGGGCAGGAUUCCCAGCAAGGAGCCAAUUGUCCUGAGUGACGUGUCUCCUGGAGAAGACACUGCGACCGACAUGUCAGCUUCGAUGAUGUCCUCGGUGAUGUCUUCUUCAUCCCAAGAGUCAGUAACACAUUUGUCUAAUAGCUUCGAGAUCCAGCCAGCCGGGAUUAUUGUUCGACGUUCUAAGUCCUGCAUAUUUAGGUUGAGUUCUCCUGAGCGAGCGAGACUUCACGAGCUACAGGAGAGCAUGAUGGCCGGAGAAUCUGGCCAAUCUUCUCUGGCACCGGCUCCAUUGGGUUCAACUUCCCCAUUGAAGGAGAGCUUGGUACUAUACGUUCCCGAGGUCGAGGAGAUUCGCAUUAGCCCGGUGAUCGCCCGCAAAGGGUACCUCAAUGUCCUGGAGCACAAAACCAAUGGAUGGAAGAAGCGAUGGGUGGCUGUUCGCAGACCGUAUGUUUUCAUAUUCAGAGAAGAAAAAGACCCAGUUGAAAGGGCACUGAUCAAUUUAGCUACGGCACAAGUUGAAUACUCCGAAGAUCAACUUGCUAUGGUUAAAGUACCUAAUACAUUCAGCGUUGUAACAAAACAUCGCGGUUACUUACUGCAAACAUUGGGCGACAAAGAAGUGUACGAUUGGCUGUACGCAAUAAACCCUCUUUUAGCCGGACAAAUAAGGUCUAAGUUAGCACGAAAACUACCAAUAAUCAAUAAUCCCGCAAUCAAUUUAUCAACUUCAUUAAUAACGUCAUCUCUAACCUCAACAACAACCACCUCCACGACAUCUAUUUCAGCGUCAACGGAUAAUCAAGGACAUACUAAUAAUAAUACUGAUACAUAUUAAUCGUGACAUAAUUGCUGGAAAUGAACAGAAAAAAAAUUAAUAUAUAAAACACGACAUAUACAGUGAUAUUUAUGAAAAAAUAACAAAUUAUUAUUAUAUGAUAUUAUUAUUAUUAUUAAUUUUGAAAUUAACAAUGAAGAGAUCGAGGCUUUUUAAAAUGUCAGAUCGCAUAUAGUCUAGAGUUGUAUAUACUAAAAAAUAUUUAAUAAAUUAUAAUUAACUGAAAAAUUAAUUAUUAAUAUUAUGAACAAGUAAAAAUUGAUAAAUUAAAAUGGUAAAAAAAAAAGUGACAAGACAACCACAACAACAACUAUGUUAAGACGAUUAUUACAAAAAUAAUAAUUGAAUAGAUUUUAAGAUUAAAGAAAAUAAGCACGCUUUUUUGUUAUUUUUUGUUAGGAGUAAUAAUAAUUAAUAAUUAAAUUUUUAUGGGUUCAGGUUUCAGUUAGAAGUUCCUUUGUUUGGGUCCUGAUUGAGGUUAAGUAGGGAACGGUUGUUUUUAGAACCUUUAAUUAGGUUAGAAAAGUAAAGAUUGCUUUUGAAGAAAUUUUAAU